AUGGACAGCCCCAGGGCCCACUAUGAAAGUGGAGCAAUCGGCCAAAUCAAGCGUCUAUUGGCCGUUUCUGGCUGGCUUAGAAAUUCACGGCAUAAUCGCUUUGUGAUUGGCCGAGCCGUCCUGACAUUCGGCGGACUCAAGGCUGUCCCACUGUUCCAGACUCAUAUCUUUGCCGAUCUGUAUAGCUUGCGCAAAUUGUCGAAUGCAGAAAGCCACCGUGCAUUCAAAAUUUCACCACCCCUAUUCCUUCGGACACCGGGCGGCCCUACCGGUCUAAACGUCAUCCACCGUGCGAUCAAUGUCGUCGCAAAAAGCUUCGAUGCGAAGCAGAUCAGGGAAGAAGUUGUCAACGUUGCCAAACCAAAUCAUCACCCUGCAGCUUUAAUCGGCUCGGCUCAAAUCCUUUACCACAAAUUGAACCUGCUCCAGAUUCCGACGCGAGGCACGGGAGAAGUGAGCAAUCUUCCCCGCUUGAUUAACGACCCGGCUGGUGAUUUCCUGCUUCCUCUGCAAUCGGACUUUCACCUACCGGAGCGGCCAACACCUCAGGCUAUCCAAACACUGGACUUGCUCAAAGGUGUGUCGUCACAACUUAUCGGCGCAUCAGGUGAAUCAGACCCAUGGCUGUUGCGACAUUGCAAGUUCGAUGAGUAUGGGUUUCUUCUUUUCCACCAAGUGCAUUUCCGUAACGCUGGCGGUGUGCCUCGGGAUGAGAAGAUACCUGUGCACUUCCUUGUCUCGGCGGAUGAGCUGUAUGAUGCAGCUAAAGAGACAACCAAAGUGUGGAAAAAGACUCUUUUCGUUGUACGUUACGGUGCCCUCAGACCUCUCGCGCAUUUGAUCAUGCUGCAUUUUACCUAUGCCGCUUUCAUGAUCAUCUACAGUCCAUCGAUCCAGCAUCUGACUUUAUACAGGUUCAUGAAAUUUGUUUUUCCUACUUUGCCCGUCAUAUCACGAUCCAACUUCGGACUCACACAUUUACGCCAAGUCCCCGAAGCAGACAUGUUACAGACCAUACCUGUGCUCCUUCUGGCAGCUAUCUACGCCUCCGCUCAACCGUUCAUCAAAUUGGAUGAAUACCUUAGUGUUCUUAAUGCAUACGCCACGCCACCGACAGAUCAACUAUGGCGAAUAGCAUUCGAGAUGAUAAUGGAAGAGAUUCACACCCCCCAUUUGGCAGUUCUGCAAGCGGGACUCUUAUACCUUCACAAGCAGCAGCACGGGAGCCAAAGUGCUGUUGCUGACAGCCCGUUCAUGUGGUCGUUCGUCGGCAUGCUGGUUGGAUUAGCGACCUCCCUUGGUCUUCAAUUAGAGUGUCGACCGAUGGGUCGACCGGCAUGGGAACGACGCCUGCGCAGGAGACUGUGGUGGGCUCUAUAUGCCGAAGAAAAGUGGCGCAGCUUGCUGAUGGGCCGGCCACCAUACAUUCGGCAGGAUGAGUGGGACGUGACGGAGCUCGACGACGACGAUUUUUGCAUCGACACGCAGGUGUCUUCGCCCGACAGUCACAUGCAGUCUGCUUCCUGUGCACCCCAAUUUGAAAGUUUUGCUCGUUUGGCUUGUCUUGUUGAUGAGGUCCAACAUCGCCUCUUUUCUUUACGCGCGGCUCAACGUCUCUCAUCUGACUUUCCCGAGUCUCUUCAAACAGCGCGUGCGCUUCUGGCAAAGCUGAAGGAAUGGUACUCACAUCUUCCGCUUUACCUCCGCCACCAAGAGAAUUCCGUCCUCCUCAGCAAUCAAUCGAGCUGUCUCCACUUCGCCUACAUCCUGCUCGAAGUGUUCAUCUUUCGUGCGCUCCUCCGACCGAUGGUGCGCUCAGCUGCGCCGCCACGCCUCUUCGAAGAGCCCCAGGACAGUCUGGAAACCAUGGUGGACGACUACAUUGCCGAGAUCAUCUCGGCGGAAGAGAUCGACCCCGUCCCCGCCAUUGAUAACAACACUGGGAACGCGGUGCUCAAAGCGGCCGAAAAUUGCGCGGCAACGAUGCUUCGGUCGGUACUGCGAAUGCCCUGCGACCUCUCCGCGUUCUGGUUCUCUUGGUGUCGGAUCGGAUUCGCCACGGUUUCCAGCUUCAUGAUGCUCCUUGUUGUCCAAGCGCCCUCGAAAGAACAUGCCGUUCGGGCGAGGGGACUGGUCGAUAUGUGGCGACAGGCACUCGUUCGUAAUCAAAGCCAAAUGAUGGACCUGGCGCUCGUCAGACUGAACGGGCCACACUGGAUGGGUCUGACCAGGAACUUCUUCCUGCCGAAUCAUGUCCGAGAAGCCGUUGAGCGCAGUGACCAAUGA